GAGCAACUUUCGCUUUCUGGCCUGCCCUCCCCCGCACGUAAGUGCUCGAGGGAAAAUCCUCCGCCCUGACCAAAAUAUCUCCCACCCGUAGUCCCGCGCCCUACUGUGCCGUUGGUCGUGUGUCUUCCCGUGUCCGCAACAACAUUCCUUCAGGAGGAUCAAGGACCCACCCUACGACACCGUGUGCAACCACCGUGCGCACAACUCUGGCUAGCUGCAACCACCGCGCACUCCACUACAAGUGAUUCGCGCGAUGUGGCGCAGACAGUUGGUGUCGCUCGUCAGAACCGGGAAGUUGUCCAGCACGGAUGCACCAAGGUCGUAGGGGAUUAAAGCGCCGUCGCAUCGUGUCAUAUCGAGCCGGAUUCCCCGUCCUCUUUCCGUGGCCGCCCGCUGCGAACGGACUGAAGGGGAUCGACGAAGGGCAGCGGCAUCGGGCCUCGGCGGCAAAAAAAAUGUAACGGCGUGCCGAGCGCCAUGCGGGGCCCAUGACAGCGCAGCGUGCGUAGUCGUGGCGCGGCCGCAGCGUCUGCCCCCAGGCGGAGCCAGCGGCAGCACGCAGAGCCAUGGCGGAACCCACCAAAGAAAACCUGGGGUCCCAUCAUACUAUGGAAAUAAAUCCUCCAUACAGCAACCUUCAAAGAAAAGACCAGCAUGGUGUGAUGGGCUUCCUGGGUGGGCUUCCCUCGCUGCCAGGUGGCUCCCAACCAUUGCACCAGCCACAGCCGCAGCACCCACUGGCUGCCGCUACCGCCACUGCACAGCCGAGCUCGACAGGAGACAUGCAGCAGCAGCAGGAGCACUUGCAGUUCCAACAACAGCUCCUGCAACUCAAACAGGAGCAGCAGGUGCAACAGCAGUUGUUGCUUCAGCACUACCAACGGCAGCAGCAGCAGCUAGCCCAGCAGCAUGAGAAGCAGCUGCAGGAGCGCAUCAAGGAGUACCUCGAGCAUCAGCGGCAGAUCCAGGAAGAGUACAAGCUUGAACGCGAGCGCCUUGAGAAGGAUCGUCAGCUAGACCAGAUUCGCAAGAAGGAUAAGCACGAACAGAGUGCUGUGGCAUCAUCUGAAGUGAAGCAAAGGCUACAGGAGUUUGUCUUGAACAAGAAACAACGGGAAGCAGCAGCUAAUAAUGCCAACACAUCACCACCAAAUUUUAGAAACUGGUCCAGGCAGCGUUCUUCUCUGGAUCAAGCUUCGCCUCCUUCAACAAGCGCUGUUUCGCCUCAGUGCAGACAUCUGCUUCUGGGAAAGUACGACGACGAUUUCCCGCUUCGGAAAACGGCGUCGGAACCAAACCUUAAGGUGCGCUCUGCGCUGAAGCAAAAAGUAAUUGAGAGGCGCAGCAGCCCGCUUCUGAGGCGCAAGGACAAAGGGCCCAUUCCUUUGAAGCGGCGGCCGCUUACAAUCGAUGGUAGUGGAAGCAAACCUGACUCGUUGGAAGGAUCCCCACCCAAUGGGUCUCUGUCACUGCACUCUUCUCUGCAUUCCAGUAACGGUAGCACACCAAUUCAGGAGGAGCCUGGCACUUCUCCAUACCACCCUCUGAACCAGGGUGGCAGCAGUGAUCUCGCCCUGUACUCAUCACCCUCUAUGCCCAACAUCUCCUUGGGGCGUCCCCCUGUGGCCACCAGCUCAGCUGAUGGGAAAAUCCUCAACUCUGUCUCCGAGGCCCAAGUUCGUGCCAUGGCAGCUGCACGCCUUGGGAUGCCACUCACAUCACAUGUGUUGCACUCGUCACUGCCUUUCUGCUCACCAUUGCCAGUAAUAGAUGGGGAGUUCACGCCCCCAACCAGUCCUGGCUACAUCCAGCAGCAGAUGAAAGGUCUGGAACAGUCUGGGGCUCCAGGACAUGUGCUGCAAGUCAUGUAUGCACCACCUCCAGGUGCCGUCAUCACCGAUGCUCAGGUGGCACAAGCACGCCUGCACAGGACCAUUCAUCGUCCUCUGGGCAGGACCCAAUCAGCACCCCUACCCCUUGGACAUCCGAUGCUGCAGCCGCAGGGUGUGCUGCUCAACGCACAACUCUACGAGCAACAGCAGCAGCACAACUUGCUCAAGCAGCACAUUCGGCAGACAGUGCUGACUCGGGCGGGUAGCAAAAGCCAGGUGGUUGAGCACGUGGAGGAAGAGACAGAGGCUGCUGUCGCACAAGAGAUGAAAGACCAGUCAGAGGUCAUCGACCUCACAGACUCACGCAAGGGAUCAUCCGCUUCAUCAACUGCUGCAGCAGAAGGCACGCCACCUCCUUCCACCUCUACCGCCACCCUGCUACAGCUUCAGCAGCGACAGAGGGACCUUAUCAACCGGCACUCACUCCAUCUUGGCACUGGUAUGGAAGGUUCUGCAUUUACGCGACACCAGCACGGUGCACGUCCAUUGUCCCGUGCCCUGUCCAGUCCACUGGUGAGCCUGAGCCCUCCUGGUGGAAGCAGCAGCCCCCAGCACCAGUCAGAACUGGGCAGCCCACCUCCGCCACAUGGAAGCCCACCACACCGGAUGACCACAGCCUUGGCCUACGACAGCCUCAUGCUGAAACACCAGUGCAUCUGUGGCGACUACUCCAGCCAUCCAGAACAUGGUGGCAGGCUGCAGAGCAUCUGGGCACGCCUGCAGGAAACGGGACUCGUAUCCCGCUGCGAGAGGAUCCGAUCACGAAAAGCCACAUUGGAGGAAAUACAGUCGUGUCAUGAUGAGGGCUAUGCCUUCAUGUUUGGCACCAAUCCUCUCAACAGGCAGAAACUGGAAAUGAGCAAAUUAGAGCUUCCCAUUAAAAGCUUUGUGAUGCUGCCCUGUGGAGGUAUUGGUGUGGACUCGGACACUACCUGGAAUGAGCUACACUCUGCCAGUGCAGCGCGUAUGGCUGCUGGCUGUGUGGUGGACCUCGCCCUCAAGGUGGCCAUGGGUGAAGCCAAGAAUGGUUUUGCUGUGGUUCGCCCUCCUGGUCACCAUGCAGAGUUCAAACAAGCAAUGGGAUUUUGUUUCUUUAAUUCCGUGGCAAUUGCUGCUAAGCAGCUUCGGCAAAAGCUCAAGAUGGAGAAGAUUCUCGUGGUUGACUGGGAUGUCCACCAUGGGAAUGGUCUGCAGCAAAUCUUUUACGAUGACCCACAUGUGUUGUACAUCUCCCUUCAUCGACAUGAUGACGGCAACUUUUUUCCCGGCACUGGUGAUCCCCAGGAGGUUGGCAUUGACGAUGGCACAGGCUUCAAUAUCAACAUUGCCUGGUCUGGUGCAUUAAACCCCCCGAUGGGCGAUGCCGAGUACAUCGCAGCUUUUCGGACCAUUGUGAUGCCCAUAGCUCGAGACUUUGACCCGGAGAUUGUCCUGGUCGCAGCGGGAUUUGAUGCAGCUGCUGGCCACCCACCUCCACUUGGUGGAUACCAGAUAUCACCAGCCUGUUUUGCCUAUAUGACAAAGCAGCUGAUGACAUUAGCCAAGGGCAAACUUGUGCUUGCUCUAGAGGGAGGAUAUGACCUGCCGUCCAUAUGUGACUGUUCUCAGGAGUGUGUAGCAGCACUGCUCGGAGAUGAGUGCUCACCCUUGCGCGAAGAAGAGAUCACCCGGCAGCCUUGUGCAGCUGCGGUCCAGCUGCUGCAGAAAACUGCCGCCAUUCAAGCACCACACUGGCCGUGCGUCAAGAAGUGGGCACCGACCAUGGGUUCCUCUCUGCUUGAGGCUCAGCAGAAGGAGAAGGAAGAGGUCGAGACAGUCACUGCCUUGGCCUCCCUCUCCAUGGCUGCUGCACAGAUGCAGGGUCCAAAGUCCGAACUGCCUCAGGAGGACGAACCAAUGGAAGAGGACCAAGAUAAGUGAGCAGUUGAUGGUGCACACAACAGGAAACGUUGCAGAUAAAGCAGUGAGAAAUUUUCAACCAAACUGGUGCAAAGUGCUGAGGACUCCUGCCCAAAUGAGCCAAGGAACACAAGUUCACACUGUCACCCUGGAAGCAUCAAUGAACAGAAAGUGGAGCAGUACCGCCGUCAUGGCAGCAUGCAUGCAGCGCCCUUCAUCAUUUCUGAGGAUCUGGAAUAACGCCACGGUUUAUGUGAAGUCUGAAUGUCAAGCGAGUCAAGAACCAGGGGCACCCAACAAACAUGGAUACAUUUUCGGAAUGACGUACUCAUGUCAUCCUGUCAUCCUCAGUUGGCCUGUGGCCUGCUGUUGGAUCAUAAUUUGUCGACAUUGUUGCUGGUUAAUGAGUGGCUUGUCUGCCAGACGUGACAUUGCAGAUGAUUUUUGAAGACAUGCAUCCGCUCUCCUUUUGGUAUUUAAGGCAGCACGUUAUUGCACUUGGGGUUCCUACCGACAGGUUGAGACAUUUUAUCAGCAAGCAGCUGCCAGUUACGCUGUACUGAAUGUGAACAUCUGGGGCAGAACCUCUCAUUCUGAAAAGCGAUGCACUAUUUUUCGCCUGUUACAUACCAAGUAUUAUGCCUGCCUGUCAGUUUUAAUGCUUCCUACUUGCUGAUUUGUGUUGACUGGCAGUUUUGCGUCUUGCAUGUAUGUUGGUUGCACAGAUUCAGAGCAGUGUGCCUACGUUGUUGCAAAUUAUGUCAACUUCCAAUGGCUCCAUGUCUGCCAGUUGCACUGUUAAGAACAGAAUGAUGCUGUGGACAUCUGCUGAGCAUCACUCCAAGAUGAGUGUAAGUUGUUAGGCUAAAGCUACCAAGUUCUAAAGAUUUUUCAUGUCAGUUAUCGUCAUACGUAUAUUUUAGGGUAUGCACUUGCUUCAUGCAGUCUCUUGUGCAUUGCCUGUACAUUUCGUAGUGCCAGUCAUACAAAGUUCGAUAGUUUUUAACUGUGCACUAGCUGUGUCUUUAAACAAGGAUGACAGCGUGACAAUGUUGAGCUUGCAUCCCAGAUUGCGAAAGUGUGUCACCUGAUGCCCUCAAGUGGCCCCAACAGUAUGCAACACAAGUCUUGAACAGAGUUAGCAGGCUUGCUUGCAUUUUCUGAGAAGGAAACACGUUUGCAAUCCAAAGAAAUCUGCUAGUUUGGCAGGGCAUUCUCACAGGUUGCAUUGCACAAUAACAUUGAGGGCCUUAAAAAAGGCUGCGAGAACACUGUGGAGGGAAAGAGACAGGAGCAUUGAAGAAUGUUACAUUGGUCACGUCGUGCACAUGUUUGGGAGGGAUACUGCGAUGUACAACUGCACUUUGUGUACACCCAAGUGUGCGUGCACUGUCUGCUAUACCACUUCAGUACAGCAUCAAGUAGAAAAACAACUAGCUGCUCUUUUUCCUUGAGAGGAAGGAAAGAAGAAGAAAAAGGAAAAGGAAGAAUCUCCCUAUAACCGUUGCAGCCAUUUUUACGAAUAAGAGUAAGCAGGGAGUACUAGUUCGUCACCAUAGUGAUUAAGCAAAUGUGUUUUUACACUGCUGCAGUGGUCUUAUUAUGCCACUGUUAUGGGCAUUACAUACUACAGAGUCUUUUGGAUGUACUAAGUUUUUGUGAGCUUUAUGACAACUUUAAAACAAUGCUAGUCAGAACCUCGUCAGUAUAGUGUCUGCGGGGGACAUGUGCUAAGUGUUUUUUACGGCAGCAGCUGGGGCAGCAAUGGAAAAAAGCAAAGUGCCCUCCUGUUUGUCGCUGUCUCUCACUUCCCAUAGCUGCGCAUAGUUGCCUUUGGUAUACUGCUGUGGUAGGUGCAGGAAGACAGGUUCUCGUGAAACUGUUGACGGUAGAUUGCGGGUGGCUUUGGGGCUUUCUAGGGCGUUUGAAUCGGGUGCAGCCCCGUCAGUGCUACUUCCUUGGCACUGGCACAACUAGUAGGUGCAGUGAACGCACCUAUUAGUUGCCCAGACUAAUAAGUGAAUUUCUACACUUGUUUGCCUUGCACAUUGCAUUUUGUAUAUUUUUGUUGUUGUAUUCUACAAACAACCAGAACAAAACUUGAUUGGUUUGUGGUUCCCUGACUGAUAACUUUCUAGGCCACACUCUGGUUUUCUGUUACCUGCACAUAUGCACAACGUAGACACACAGAUACACACCAAACACACACAAAUAAUGCAAACACAUUUACACAUGUGCAGCACUUUUCAUUUCUGAUCCUUUGUUGAGCUAAAGAAUAAAUCAUUCAUAAAAGUGAAAAUUGGUCAGACCAAUGUGCUGGCCUUGCUUGCUUGAAAGGGCAGCAGUUGUGUCUACAGCGCUCAUUGUGUAAAUAUGUCCAUGUGAAGCACACUGAAGAGGCUAGUGCAAGAGGAGUGCAUACAUGCUGAUUAGAAAGCUGCUUGGUAACAUCGGAAGAAGAACAAAUGCCGCAAACAGGGGCUUGCGUCUGGUUCUUCAGCUGCAGUUUGCCAAGUGAUUUAAGUUCCUUACAAAACUGGCGUGCUUUGUGAUGUACACUAUAUUUACUGUGCUAGUAAAAGUUCUCAUUAAUGUCUUCAUGCAUUCGGUUUUUUUUUCUUCAUUUUGUUUUUCUUUCACGCAUUGUAUUUUUUAACUGUUGAAUGUUAGCAUUUUUUCGAGCUGUGAAACCUGAUGUGGAGUUCGUGUAUACUUGUUUCAUAUCCGUCUGUUUGUGUGCACGUGUCGAUAUAUGCAUACACAUAUAUAUAUAUAUAAAAUAUACAUGCUUUGCGCAUCGUUAAACACACAGCUCGGCAGGAUGGCACUGUUUGCGACUGUGGUUCUGCUUAGGCACCCUCUGGUCUGCAGAUAAUUGCUUUUCCUGUGUUGCGCUCUCUUGCAUUUUUGCUCAUGGCUUCAUUUCUCGUUGCAAUCUUGUGCACAUUCUAAAGCCGCCUUGCUUGUCCAAUGAUCAUUUUAUUUGUAAAUACACAAGCUGUUUUAAGGACUUUCAUUUAUUCUUGUCUGCUUUUUUUUUCUCAACACCCAACUGGUCACUCAUUUGUUGUGCAUCGUGCCAUCCCCAUCUCCUUCCUUCCCGCUCCACAGCUGAAUCACUGAUGAUAAUAUAUAUAUAUAUAUAUAUAUAACAUGUUACAGCGCCAUAAUAGUAUAUCAUUUGUACAGUGCUGAUUUUACUCUGUCUUCAGAAACCUCAUUUCAAGGUCAAAACAAAGUAUACUGCAUAACCCAUUGUUGGCUGUGCGCUUAAUUAAGGAACAACAUGUUUUGUUUUGUGAAGUUUGAACCUAUAGUCAGUUGGAGGGCCAUUAGAAAGAAAACCAUGAAAGAGAAAAAUGAAAUCUAGCUUUGUCAAAGUGUCUAGUAGAAAGCUUUAAAGUUGAUAGUUUUGUUUUUGUUUUUCUAUAGAUAAUUAGGCUAUAAUGCAUGAUGUGGAAAAAGAGAGAAAAGAAGAAGGCUGGCAUAUAUGUUUUAUUAGUUCUGCAUACAAGAUAUGUGCAUGUGGAUUGGAAUUUUUCUAGAGCAUACCUUAACUUCUUUCUUGUUCACAUUGAAGGGACACUGAAGGCAAACAUUAAGUCAAUGUAAACUGAUAAAUGUAUGCUCCAAAAAUGUCGAAGUCACAUUAACUGAGCAAAGGAUUUUUCUAGGUGAAAAAAAAAGGUUGUAUAUCUAAGAGGGGAUUGGCAACACCACUUUCAGAAUACAGGACCAGCUCUUGAUGCCUUCAUCAUUAUUGGUCAUUAUUUAUUUAUUCAUUUUUUUACUCACAAUACCACCAGCACCUGUAAGGAAUAGUGUAGGGGGUAAUAAAAGCCUUAAAAAAUACAAAGUAUACAUAUACGUAACAAAAUGCAGAUUGAUAACAGUGCAUAAGAGUUCAGGAAACAACAAGAAAAAAUAAAUAGAUAAUAAUAACGGUGAGUAACAAAUGUUCACCAAAAGUUAAAUAUUAAUGACAAAGAAAGAAAAACAAGUUUCAUAUUGAACUGCUGAUAGGAAAAGCUAGUUGGAAUGGGAAAGAAAACUUAGUGAGGCUAAUUUUCAAUAAUUUUCUUGUGAAGCAACUCGCUGGUUCUCUACUCGCACCACUCUGUCAGCACCAUUUGCAAGAGUCUAAGGCAUAGAGUGAAGGCCCCCUCUAUGUGGCUUUCCGAUUCACAGAGGGUAAUAACACUCAGAAGAGGAUGACUUCAGAGAUUCUAUGCUGCGUGUCGAUAUGUCAGUAACAUAUGAACACCAGUUUUCUCAGGCAAUCUCCUGUCUAAGAUAGGUGCCGUUCUCAGAAAAUUAUCUACAACUAAACCACUGCUUGACACUGAACAAAGGCUACUAGGUUUUGAGAAUUGUCAUCUACCACUGUAGAAUUGAGUUAAUAUUUCCUUUUAAUGUUCCUUUAACAAAGAAAGUUUAUGUCCUUGCUUGCAAGCUUGCUCACUUUUAAACCCAUCUGUGCAAAUUAGAAAAAUUUUUUAAAUGAAAAAUGGAGGCUAUAUUUUACUCUGUUUCAUGCAAAAUACAUGAGCUGCAGUGAAUGUGUGAAUAAAGAUUUGUGUGUUAGGCUUUAAGCUUUUCACUGCAGCAGGCUGUCUUCUUAUGUAGUUGACAAACUAGCAGAGUAAAAGCAAAAAAUUUUAACUGUACCUUUCUUUUUCUUUUUAUUCUUGCGAGACCAUAAGUGCAAGCCUUUUCUUUCUUUUCUUAUGGCUUUUCAUUAUAUGCAAAUAGCUAUUUUGACUGAUGCUGAAACACACAAUGAUCAAUCUAGUCAAUUAUUUGAGCCUGUCUAAGAUGCCCUCUUUUGUUAAACAUUUAAUACUGAUGUUCCUUCGUGCUUUUGUUUUCAAACUUUGCGGUAAUACGUUAACGAAGUGCUGGUUUCAAAGCGAACAUCGUUGUAGUUAGCAAUGACACACAUUCUGUGUGUGUUGGCAGGCAUGAAAAAGUGCUGGGUCAAGGCUAGUCAUGGUUAGUCAGAGGUGCACUUGGCUAACGUGACAUGUUUUGUUCUUUGUUUUCUUGUUUGACCUGUCUUGUUGCGCAAUCUUGUAUAUUGUAUGUUGAAGAGGAUAUAAGCGAUAACUUAAGCUGUACAGUCAUAGAGACGUUUGUGUUUUCUUUCAAUGAUAUUAUUGCGCUAUUUCAUUACAAAAUGAAGACACGAUAAAUAAAAGCAUAUAUUUUUUGCCACUUGUAUGUACACUAUGUGCCAUUGUAAAGUGUGUUAUAUUAUUAUGGGAUAAUGAAAAGAUGUAUUUGUACUCUCUCCCUUGUUUUUCUUUUGUUUUUGUCAUGCAUUUGUAUCAUCAAUAAACCAUUAUUCAGUGCCUAUCA